AUGGGGCUGUUCAACGAGGAAGAGCCACCAAAUUACGCAUCACUUCGUCAACAAGACUUUGACUGGCAUGACUGGAUAUACCGAGAGUCACGCAGAAGGCUUGCGUGCCAGGUCUUCUGUCUCGACAUGGCUGGUUGCGUCUUUCGAAGCAGAGCACCUGCUCUCUCGCCCCUGUCGUUCAAGGUCCUCUUGCCAAGUUAUGAAUCAGCCUGGCAAGCCAAGUCAAAGAGCGAAUGUUGGCAUCAACUCCGGGCAACUUCACAGCCUCUUACAGUCUCCUAUGCUUUCAGCAGACUUUGGGGGGCUGCCGCCGACAACUUUGUGGGCCUGGAAGUCUCUGGAUACGGGAUGUUCACACUAAUCGAGGGACUUCAUGGUUGCAUCUUCAAUAUGACUCGAGAGGAGAUGUUGUUUGCAACCUGGGAAGACAACACCGCGCCUUCCACGAACCUAUUUCAAACAACCGCCGCCACAAUGGUGAAACAACUUCAAUCAAGCUUAACAGCUGAGACUAUUGAUGCAAUUGCGGACGGAUUUAUCGGCACGUAUGGAGGAAAAACUUUCACAAGGCUUAAUUCUGCAUUGAACGCCUGGCGCCAAUGCUGGCAGAGUAGAGUGUUCCGCGAUCUUCAAAACGAUGGGAAUAACUUCUUGUGCGAUCCUCUCCCAUUUUGGCAUCUCGCGAAGCUCCUCCUGAUGCUUCGUUUAGCGAGAGUGGCAGGUGCCGAAGAGCCCAUGCUGGCCCUGCUUAAAGUGCGGCAUGGACCUAUGUGGGACAGGUCGUUUGCACAAGACGGAGUGCUUUCUUGGUUACGAAGAUUAUGGCCUAGCAGAGGGGAAGAUACAGCUUUUGAGACAUCUGAAUAUGCAGGAUCAGAAACAAACUGUGUAGAAAGCCUGCUUACAGUCUUGUUGAGACCGACAUGA